AUUUACCUACUGAAACGGACUCGAUGCGCAUGCGUGCGGUUUGAGUGCAUGGAGGCUGAGUGAAGCUGAGAGUGAGAGGAUAUUUACACGUUUAUUUAAAGGCGGUCAUGCCACCAGGUGCCCUGUAGGACCGCAGCGGUUGUGCUGGAUAUGUGCCGCCCCGAGUGCUUGGAUCUAAUAAGGAGAUAUCCAAAGAAGGCCUCUCGCAGCUUGCUGGCUGAGUUACUCACCUCACUGGCUGGAUUUUUAGUUUUAUAAACAAAACUUCAACUUCAACACGUCCGGAUAUGAAAAUAGCCGUUGAAGGCUGCUGCCAUGGCGAACUGGACAAGAUAUAUGAGACCAUCGGCUACCUGGAGCGCAAGGAAGGCGUUAAGGUGGACCUGCUGUUGUGCUGCGGGGACUUCCAGGCUGUGCGGAACGAGGGAGACAUGAAGUGUAUGGCCGUGCCUGCAAAGUACCGGCAGAUGCAGACGUUUUACAAGUACUACUCUGGAGAGAAGAAAGCUCCCGUCCUCACCAUCUUCAUCGGUGGAAACCAUGAAGCUUCUAACCAUUUGCAAGAGCUUCCUUAUGGAGGCUGGGUGGCCCCCAAUAUAUACUACUUAGGCUAUGCUGGCGUUGUUCGCUACAAAGGCAUAAGAAUCGGCGGCCUGUCUGGAAUCUUCAAAUCCCACGAUUACAGGAAAGGACACUAUGAGUUCCCACCGUACAGCCAGGAAACCCUGCGCAGUGUCUACCACGUUAGGAACAGUGAUGUUUUCAAACUGAAACAGAUCCGGAUGCCCAUGGAUGUGUUUAUGACCCACGACUGGCCGCGGGGCAUCUACCACUAUGGCAGCACGGACGAGCUGCUGCGGAAGAAGCGGUUCUUGCGUGAGGAAGUGGAGUCCGGCAUACUGGGCAGCCCAGCUGCCGCUGACCUGCUCCAGCACCUGCAGCCCAGCUACUGGUUCUCUGCACAUCUGCACGUCAAAUUCGCCGCCCUGGUGCAGCAUGAGGCCAAAGGGAACACCUCUCCUAAAACCACCAAGUUCCUCUCUCUAGACAAGUGUCUUCCAUAUAGAGACUUCCUUCAGAUAGUGGAGGUGGCGGACAGACCCGGCUCCUCUGAACAGCUGGAGUAUGACCCAGAAUGGCUGGCCAUCUUGAAGGCCACGGACCACCUCCAGAAACCCUCGUCCAGCAUGUGGCACCCCCCGGAGAAUAACGGCCUUCACACAAGGUGGGACUACAGUGCUUCGGAGGAGGCCAUGAUGGAGGUGGUCAGCGACUUGAAUGGUGAGCUGAGCAUCCCGGAGAAUUUCAGCCAGACGGUGCCCCCGUAUGACCCCACUCGCCCUCAGCCAAACACAGCCCCCGCCUACUCCACCAACCCCCAGACCACCGAACUGUGCGCUACCCUCAGCCUCACAGACAUCUACGUCCUGGCCAGCCAGGGUGGCCGGGGCACUGCAGCGGAGGAGGGUGCGGCCACCGAGGAGGAGGAAGACGACGAGGACAACCAGAGCACGGGUAGCGUGGAAGAACCCAGCGAGUAUCCCACCGACACCUCGGGUCUCUCCAGCUCCUACAACCCUGACGAGAUCACCAUCGAGGACGAAUGGGAUGAAGAAGAAGGUGAGGAAGAAGAGAAAGGGUCAGAUGCAGUGGUCCCGGAGGCUCCGGAUGGAGCUCGGGACAGCGACAGGGACAGCAGCCCGCCGCGAGAGGCCGCAGGCCGGCUUAUCCUACCACCCCCUCGCACCGAAUCAGAAACGGAGGACGUGCUGCCUUCACCUUUGGCUCUCAGGCUUCCUCCACCGUCCGGCUCCACGCCGUCCUCCUCCACUGGGCUCUCACAGACGAGCUCGGAGGAAGAGGGCGGUGCCCCCCCAGCUAGAGUCCCCAAACGCUGCAGUGGGGAGGCCAAAGGCACCCAGAGCCCCUCAGGCGGCACACCCAGAAUCAAACGACGCAACCAGAGCAUCUACACAGCGGUGGAAGACGAGGAGAGUUAGUUACAGAUGUCAUUGCUGUGUGUUUGCAUUAGUGCUUCUUAAUCUAAUCCUCAAGGCGCCUCAGCAGGUCCACAUGUUUGCUUUGUUUACGAUACGAUCCCAGCAGUUAUUCAGGAGGACUUUAGUAGAAAAUUCAAAUUUAAACCAUUUUCACACUAUAUUAGUCACCAGGCUAAUGUAGCUAAUAAAUAAUCUAAGACUUUCUUUUACAUUAGUACAACGGCAUUUUAGGGCCACUGGAAAAAAAGACAUAAAUAAAAUACUUCGAAAAUAAAGUCGGAAUAUUUCAAUAAUAGUCAUAAAGUUACAAGAAUAAACUCGUGAUAUUUGGAGGAUAAAGUGGGCUAAUUGUAGGGGGGCUGCUAUCAUGCGUUGGGGCCUCGGUUGCUUUACUGGAGAGGAUGAAGACGGCGAGCGUGCCGGAGUUCCACUCCUUCGGGAUCGAUCAUUUUGAUUACCAUUCUCAGUGUCUCCUGUGAGACUACAUGCCCUCUUCGAAUGGCACAGAGAUGUAGCCACUGAUAGCCGUGUAGACGGUCACUGUCUGCGAUUCUCCUUCAACAGAACAGACAGACAGUUUCCAGACAGAGUCGGUCUAGAUCUUUACUCUAAAUAAACACAGUUUCCUGCUCAGCCAUUUCAGCCGUUUCUUAUACUAAUAACAGGCUGGUGCUGACGUGCCAGCAGACUGAGUGUUUCUUUAUGGGUGAAAGUGAUACGAAAGUAUAACACUACCAACUCAACACCCCUCAUUUUAACACAAAACCUUUUGGCCAUAAUAUUGCAACUUUUCCUGGUAAUAUACUCUAAUGUCGUAAUUCUGCAACUUUAUUCUCAAAAUUUUAUGUUUUUAUUAUCAAACUUUUAUGCCCUUUUUUUGAAAUACUAUGAUUUUAUUCUAGAAAAUACGACUUCAUUCUCGAGGUCUAUUAUUAUUAUUAUUAUUUUUAUUUUAUUUUUUUUAAACAGUGGCCCUAAAACGCUGUCAGACAUUAGCUACAUAGCUCCAGUGUAAAGCUUCAAAAAAGCAAACUUGAGACACUAAACUUGUCUCCAUUUAGCUUAAUGGAGAAAAUUUGGGUGUAAAUUUGAGUUUUCACCAAAAUGUUUAUUUUAUAACCUGGUUCAGGUGUGUUGAGACUAAAAAUGUGAAUGAUCUGUAGAGCCCUGACGACUGGUUUAAGAACCACUAGUAUUCUUUAAUUUAUAGACCAAAACAUGAUUUUUUCAGUAUGAUAAGUUUAUAUCAUCUGUGUUUUUGGUUUUGACUUUUUAAAUGAGGGUUUUUGCAUUUAAGAAUAAUUGACUUUAACUGUUUAAAGUCUUUAGCAAAAACCCACUGAUGAUAAAAGGUUUUAGACUAUAAUCAUCAAAGCCACCAUUCUGAUUUUUUUUUUUUUCUCCUGCCAUACUUUCGGUUUGUCUUCACAUGUAUUCACUCUUGUAGUCUUUCGUAUAUCAUCGUCAGGUUUAUCUCCUACGAUAAACAUUUAGUCGUUGAUUCAUUUGUUCACAUCUUUAUACUACAAAGUUUCUCAUGUUUGUUUUUUUUAAUUUGAGAAAGAAAUUCUAAACUGUGCUGAAAGUUUUUGAUGUCUUAUUUUCCUUUUUUUAAACGGGACAUGAUCUCAGUUCGAUUUGUACGCUUGCAGUGAUAUUAAAGAACAAAGAUCGCUGUACA